CACUUUUCACUAAAUUCUGCCAAAGUUUGCCAAGCUGCUACUUUCGUGGCCAAACCCUAAAUUCCUAACUGGUUGGCAACUCCCGACCGUAUGGCGCUGUGAUACCAGGAUUCCCUGCACCAUUGUUGGUCGCUGGAUUGAAGAGAAGCUGGAGCAGCUGGAGCGACUAAUAAUCCUUAGCGAUCAUAGCCAUGGCGUUCCUUCUCAGGAGAACACUCUUGGCGAAAUGCAUUCCAUCCAUUCGUUAUCCUCGCUAUAUCAGUAAUCAUUCGCAACUGGCCCAUGCGCUUACCUGCGAAUUUGAUACCGGUGCGCCUCUAUUUAGUUUAAAAGGAGGUAUUGUUUGUACUGGCUUUGAUCCAUUUUGGGCGAUUCGAAGAGGCUUUGCCAAAGGAAGAAAAACGACAGAGGAUGAGAGUAGUAGUGCUACCAUUCAAGUUGUUCCGGACAUUGGGCCUACUGUCAAAUCAAAUACACUAUCCUUAAUGGAGGCAGCAAUUGCUGCUUUAUCAAGAGAGUUGAGUAAAAUCCGAACAGGAAGGGCAUCUACAGGGAUGUUUGAUCAUAUAAUUGUUGAUGCACAUGGUGUAAAGUUGCCAUUAAAUCGUGUCGCUGUUGUUUCUUCCGUAGAUGCACACACUCUCUCAGUGACACCUCAUGAUCCCAAUACUUUAAAAGACAUAGAAAAUGCAUUAGUUUCAUCUCCUUUGGGUAUAAACCCAAUCCUUGGCGACCAACGAAUCAUCACACCAAUCCCACCACUGACCAAGGAGAACAUGCAAGCAUUGUGCAAAGUGGUUUCCAAAUGUGCUGAAGAUGGUAGGCAAAGUAUUAGAAGGGCACGGCAGAAGGCUCUAGAUACAAUAAAGAAGUCAGCAUCAAGCAUUCCAAAAGAUGAUGUGAAAAGAUUGGAGAAAGAAAUUGAAGAGAUCACAAAGCACUUCAUCAAGUCGGCGGAUGAGAUGUCCCGGGCAAAGGAGAAGGAAGUAGCUGGGAGCUGAAGUUAUAUCUUUAGAUGUUUAUGAGUAUAGCUUCCUGUGAAAUGUGCUGGAAUCACGCUGUCUUUCAUAAUCUGGUAAACCGUUCAGAUUUUCUAAUCUUGGUGGUGGUCGGUGGUCUAUGCAAAGCCAUAUCUCUUUCCUAAUUCUCCAUCUUCUCUUUCCUAAUUCUCCAUCUUCUUUAAAGUAUUUUAUCCCUGGGUUUAGUUAAUUGGUCACAUACGUGGUUACAUAAUGAUAGGAAACAGUAGUUUCUAACAUUGGUAAUCAAUUAAAAGGGCGCUUCGUUUUGAUGUUAUAUAGGUGGUUGUCUUUUUGAUCCGUAAAUGUAAUAUGUUUGAUUAAUUGCUUUCUUGAAGUACGCAAGGUAUUAUUUUUUUUUAA